AUGGACAUCGUAGGCCCUAUUCAUCCUCCAUCAUCCAAGGGACAUAGCUAUAUUUUGGCUGCAACUGACUAUUUUUCUAAGUGGGCAGAAGCUAUCCCUCUAAAAGAGACACGAGGUGUAGAUGUGGUCAAUUUUGUUCGUACUCAUUUAAUAUAUCGAUUUGGCAUACCAGCUAGAAUUAUAUCUGACAAUGGAACUCCAUUCAAAAAUCAGGAUAUGCAGAGACUUUGUGCAAAAUUUCAUAUUAAACAUUACUUUUCAUCAGCUUAUAAUGCAGCAGCCAAUGGUCAAGCUGAGUCAUUCAAUAAGACAUUAUGCAAAUUACUGAAGAAAGUGGUCUCCCAUAAUAAAUGA